GUGUUUUUCUGCCGUUAUUGAAGAUAGAGAAGAAGAAGCGUGAGCGGAGCCGGAAGAACAGAGCCUGACAGAAGGACGUAGCCGUGCUGUGUAGCUCAGGAAAGAUGCUGACCAAUAUCUCUAAUGUGCUGAGGGCUUGCGCUCAGAGAAAUGGAGCUGCAGCAGUCGUGUCAGCACGCACAUAUGCUGACUUUACAACUGAGGCUUCCUUUGAAAUAAAGAAAUGUGACAUCCACAAACUGGAUGAGGCCCCGGCCACUGAGGUGGUGUUGACUCGUGAUGAAGGUCUGCAGUACUACCGCACCAUGCAGACCAUCAGGCGUAUGGAGCUGAAAGCAGAUCAGCUGUAUAAGCAGAAGAUCAUCAGAGGAUUCUGCCACUUGUAUGACGGCCAGGAGGCCUGUGCCGUUGGUAUCGAAGCAGGAAUUAAUUUGACAGACCACCUGAUCACUGCGUACCGCGCCCACGGCUACACUUUAACCAGAGGAGGGACUGUGAGGGAGAUCAUGGCUGAGCUCACCGGCAGAAGAGGAGGUAUCGCAAAGGGCAAAGGAGGCUCCAUGCACAUGUACACUAAACACUUCUAUGGAGGAAAUGGAAUUGUCGGAGCUCAGGUUCCCCUCGGUGCUGGUGUGGCUUUGGCCUGCAAGUAUCUGGAAAACAACCAGUUGUGUGUCAGUCUCUAUGGUGACGGUGCUGCCAACCAGGGUCAGAUCUUUGAAGCCUACAAUAUGGCAGCACUUUGGAAGCUGCCCGCCAUCUUCAUCUGUGAGAACAACAGAUAUGGCAUGGGCACAUCAGUGGAGCGAUCUGCAGCCAACACAGACUACUACAAGAGAGGAGACUACAUUCCUGGUCUCAGGGUGGAUGGGAUGGAUGUUCUGUGUGUUCGGGAAGCGACCAAGUUAGCAGCGGAUCACUGCCGAUCUGGGAAGGGUCCUAUUCUCAUGGAGCUUCUGACCUACCGCUACCACGGACACAGUAUGAGCGAUCCUGGUGUCAGCUACCGCACACGUGAGGAGAUCCAGGAGGUCCGCGGGAAGAGUGACCCCAUCUCUUUGCUGAAGGACCGCAUGCUCAGCAACAACAUGGCCAGUGUGGAGGAGCUCAAGGAGAUCGAUGUGGCAGUGAGGAAGGAAAUUGAAGAUGCCGCUCAGUAUGCCACCACAGAUCCCGAACCCCCGCUGGAAGAACUGUGCAACCACAUCUUUCACAACAAUCCCCCGCUGGAGGUGCGAGGCGUGAACCCGUGGACUAAGCUGAAGUCUGUUAGCUAAAGUUGUUUUCAUUCCCUCUUACCAUCACGUCAUCCACCCAAUAAUAUAUGAGCCCCCCCCUGCCCCUUACGUAUACGUACACAUUGUAACACGUCCACAUUAGAACACGUACCAUAAACCAGAGCCUCGGACCCAGAGCGUAAACCAUCAGCAAGUAAAUUAAUUUCAGUGCUGUACAGUUUAACAGCAGGAACCAUAUUCCCAAAGAUGUUCUGAGAAUAAAAAACAAAAAAAGAUGGAGAAGAACAUUACAUUGGCUAAUCUUCUACUGGUUUCAGUGUUCAGUAUGUUCCACUAAUGCCACAGUCUCAUGAAAUUCUGUCCCAUAUUUAUUUAUAUUUUUUGUAAAAUAUUGAUAUAAUAUUACUGAUUUCCCAACUCACUACAUUAUAGAGCAUCUAUUUUAUGUUUAGUAAUUAAAAUCAACAUCCUUGACGCAGGUGGAUUAUUUAAAGUCUUCACCCCAUGUAUGAACUACAUGCACCAAAAUAUUUAAAUUAAUACCUGUGGUAAAUCAUUUUUAUUUUUGGGAAGCUCAAGCUACUGUAUUUGAGGAAUAUCGCUGUCUCUUAAAAUUAAGCUCUGAGUCGUACGGUUUUGUAAAUCUGGCCCCAAGUGAAAUAUAUUUAGUAGAUUCCUAAUUUGCAGUUUGAUGAUUAUCUGGUAUUUCUUGAGGUGUAAUGAAGCAAAUGUCCAUCUAUCACUGUUCAUCUCAUAAAGAGGCUGACUUGUAAAAAAAAAAAAGAAAAAGAAAUGGCUUUGUACUCUUUAUACUGAAGUGUACAUGAUAAAUCAUUCAGUUUGAGUUAA